AUGGCAUCCAAUCCCAUGCAAAGCUGCUGCUAUCAGGGGUUCAAACAUAAUGGCGAGCCGAGAGGAUCAAUCUCGACGGUGGAAGACAUCGAAGUCUACACUAGCUACCCCCCAGAUCUGUCAACAGAAUAUGGUGUCUUGAUCUUGACCGAUAUCAUCGGUCAUCGACUUGUCAACGCCCAAGUCAUCGCAGAUCAGUUUGCUGAUCAUGGAUAUUUCGUAAUGAUGCCUGAUCUUUUCUACGGUGACGCAGUUCCACUAAAUAAGCCGGGUGAAUUCGAUAUGGGAAAGUGGAGAAGCGGUAACUACCACCCCCAGGGCAAGAAGCAUCUCCCGGAAACUGUCGAUCCCAUCGUGGAGAUUUGUCUUUCCGAGAUGCUCACCAAAUACAAUUGCAAGAGCAUUGGGGCAGUGGGAUAUUGUUUCGGGGGUAAAUAUGUUGUUCGCCAUCUUGUUCCCGGAAGGGUAGAUGUUGGCUUUACCGCUCACCCAUCUCAUAUCGAUGAAAGUGAGCUGAAGGGCAUUCAAGGCCCGCUGGCCAUUGCAGCAGCAGAAAAGGAUAAAAUAUUUCCAGCGGAGAAACGUCAUAUCUCGGAAGCGAUCUUGCAGGAAACGGGUUUGCCGUACCAAGUCAAUCUAUACAGUGGUGUGAGCCAUGGCUUUGGGGUUAGAGGAGAUCCCACCAAUCGCGAAGUGCGAUUUGCCAUGAAAAGUGCUUUCUUUCAGGCGGUGGAAUGGUUUGAUGAAUACAUGAAGGGAAAAUAG